AUGAAUGCAAUUAACCCUAACAGUUCUAAUAAUUUAACCUCUGGCUUCAGUCAUUCAAAUGAUAUGAACUUUGUGAAAAGUCGUGAGAAUUGUUUAGGCGAUUCUAAUAGUUUAUCUUCUGUUGAGUUGGCUCAAUUACCAACAAACCUAAUGUGUACAAAUGGCUCAAAUGCAGAAACCGAUAUUUCAAAAGUGAAUUAUGGAAUUCCUGCUAAUGAGUGUUGGUUAUUCAAAUCACCAAAGCAGCACCAAACUCAAGGUUCUGUUGAACCCGUAAGAACAUGGUUACGUGCUAUAUUUGAUUCACCGGAUUCUUGCUUUUUCCAUUCACGUCGAGAUCUUCUUUCUCGCCUCGAGGCGAUCAUUUUGGCUGGGGGACAAACUGAAGCAUAUCAGUUUGGUGGUAGCGUGCCGUCUUUAAAUCUUAUUACUUCUGGAUGUCCAUCUCGUUCGAAUACAGGUCGUAGAGAACAUUCUAUGUAUGGAUCUAUCGUAUCCAGUCGUCUGGUAACCGCUAGCUCAUCAGACGGUAUUUCGUUUCCGAGCCAGCAGACAGGAACAAAUACCAUAAUAAGCAACGAGCAUAUUAACUCAAAUACAUUCACACGUUCUCACAAACCAAGAAUAAGUUUACCACCUCUGUGUAGUACAUCUAUGAAAAGUGGUUCUCAUGAUUCUAAUUCCUACUUGUCUAAUUCUACUGGAGCGAAUUUCUCUUUUAGAUCGGGUAGCAAAACUGGGUCAUGUGAUGAGCUAGAAACUACAUCAACAAACACUAAUGUACAGGAGAUUGCUAAAAGACAAGAAGAUACUUUAAAAGCAGAAGUUGCAGCUUUAGCAGCUGCUGCUGGCAAACACGGUAGUCAACAUUCUCUUGCUUCUUUGUGUAGAAAUAGCCCACAUGGGAGCUACACAAAUAUCGCCAGUGCACCAGAAAGCCCUCACUCAAGUACAACAAAGCUAAAUCAACCUCAGCAAAAUGACCAUUUCUAUACAAAGCAGUUUCUGUCGUUUUCCCAAGAGUUUGAAGAGCAAUUUACAAACCAUCAACCAACACAAGAUGUUCAUCCUAGUACUUAUUCGUCUCAUAGUCCUACUAAAAAAGAUUCACUAUCAAACAUUAGUGCCUAUACUUCUAGUGCGAUAAAACAAAAUCCUUACAGCAUUUUGCCUCAAAAACCGUCACUCGCAAAUAUUGUUCCAGAAAUGGGUGAUGAAUCUAAACAGUCUCAAAAAUUUUCAUUCUCAACACAUGCACCAGUAAAUUCUCUUGCGAUGAAUACAGUUAAAAAUGUAUAUGUUCCCUCGGCAGAAUCUCGCACCCAUUUCGGAUUCCGGCCAUUACAACAGAUCCCUGCUGGUCCAUCUAAUAAAACUGUUAGUUUAGGAUUACGAGGUACUUCUGA